GCAGUUAUGGCCGAGUCCCAGCUCAUGUGCAUGGAAGACGGUCACAUCAACGAGAAGGUUCCUGACGUCAAGCCAGAGUUCUACUACAGCGAGGAACAGCGCUCGGCUCUGGAAGAGCUCCUCAAAAACGGAGACGGGGCCUUCAAAACCCGCCUUAGAGAAGAUCGUGUCACGGACUUCUUAUCAGCUCGGGAAAUAAAAACAAUAAGAAACACCUUUAGAAACUACGAGACAGACGAGCACGAUGAAGACGCGUCUCAGGCUGCCGGAGCGCGUAAAGCACACCGUCAAGACUCCACGUCGUUACGCUCGACGUACUGGCCCCAGAUGUCGGACACGGAGGUUCCUCCGCUGGACAUCGGAUGGCCAUCCGGAGGGUUUUUUAAAGGGGUGACUCGAGUGUCGGUCCACACUCACCCUCCGAAAGACAACGGGCCGCAUAUUAAAGAAGUUGUGCGUAGAUUGAUCCAAGGAGCAGGCAAGGUCAUUGCUAUCGUGAUGGACCUCCUCACUGACGUCCAGAUCCUGCGAGAUCUGUUGGACGCAGCGUCCAAGCGCGGUGUGCCCGUCUACAUCGUGCUGGACAUCCAGGGGAUGCCGCACUUCCUGGACAUGUGCAACCGACUAUGUGUCACCUCUCAACAUCUGGUGAAUAUCCGUGCGCGGACGGUGAGGGGCGUCGGAUUUGACAUGUCGUUCGGGAGAAUCCCCGGAAGCCUGUGCAGCAAAUACAUGCUCAUAGAUGGAGACAAAGUGGCAUUUGGUACUUACAGUUACUCAUGGACAACGUCCCGUAUGGAUCGGAAUAUGAUCACCGUCCUGUCAGGCCAGAUAGUGGACACCUUCGACCGAGACUUCAGGGAGCUUUAUGCAGUCUCAGACAACCUCAACCUCUUUAAAGAGUUCAACGUCAGCAGACCCCGCACGGAAACCCUGACCCGGGUGACUGUGCCAAAGAGACCCACCCUGUCCACCACCGCACGCUUUCAGGUCAGCCUUGGCGAGAGGGGUGAGCUGAAAGUGCCUGCGCACAAAUACUACAACCCCAAAUACCUCCUGGCAUUGGGGGAGAUCGACCCGGCUGCCACUUCAAAGAAUUUCAUUGACAAGAUGGAGCCAGAGGCGGCUCCCGUGGAGAUGGCAGAGGACAGGAUGCUGACGCAGCGUGGCAGUGAAGAACCCAACGAACUGAGCCCGCUGCCCGAUCAGACUCUGGAUAAAAGCAGAAAAAAUAUGAGACGUUUUGAGAUUAAACCACGGAUUCUGAAAAAAACCAAGGUAAAAAAGACAGAAGGCAGUAAUAAACAGUGCAGAAGCCCCGCCCCCUCCACCGCUGCUACUCCUGCGCUGACCAGUCACAUGGCAGAACCAACACAGGGCCUGGAGAGAGGGGAAUCCACACCGGGUGGCGGUGAAAAACCGAACGAACCGAACACGCCGACGGAUCUGAUGCAGAAUAAAAGCAGCAAAAGGUUUAGACUGUUUAAGAAGAAAUCAGCUACUCCGAUCAAUAGAUGGCAGCCAGUAACGAAGACACUUUAGAAGUGGAUGAGCAGGGCAGCUCUGCCCCCUGCACCAUCGGUAAUUCUGUACCAACUAAUGUCUCUGCAAAACUAACACAGGACGUUCCGCCCACAAUAGAGUCAACACCUGCAAAAGCAAAUGCCAAGGGCCCAGGGCACCAAACCAUGAACAGCCAAGAAGACCAGGGUGCUGAAGACCAAGUACACAAGAAAAAGACCUGCAUUCUGUCCUGAAGAGCUUAAGGAAACCAACCAUUCUGUUGCAGAAUAAUAGUAUUUGUUUAAAAAAAAAAAAGAGACACGGCCCUGUAUUUUUGUAUUUGGUUGCAUUUUUGUGUUUUUCUCUUCUGGACCUGUUGCUCUCUCCAAGUUGUUUAUUCCUGUGCAAGAAAAAGGUAUUGCCCAAGAAUAAGAAUAUACAUUAUGUGGGGGGAGAACAGAAACAGGUUCAGAUUUAGACUCUCAGAUGGACAAAACAUGUAGUGAGCGGUGUUAGCCAUUACCUUUCCCUGGGCAAACAUUGAAAGUGAAAGAACAAUGUUCCAAACUGCUACUUGGAGGUUUGACACUGGCAGGGUACUCCUAAGCCAAGCUGCUGUUAUAUCCUCAUUACUUAUGUGUGCAGACUGGUGGAACAUGUACACACUGACCUUUUGAAAAUACAAACCUUUUUUCAAAUUUUACUUUUGUGGACUCUGAGAAAACUUGUCUUUGUAUGCAGUGGUUGAGUGCAGUUGAUCCAGCCUGCCUGUUCUUGUUUUAUGUGGGAAGGGGGGAUUUUUUGUUUUUAAUAAUUUAACUUUAAUUGAUUAUUUUGUGUAUAACUGAAUACUGAAUACUGGUAAUACUGUUGUCUCUCUUGCAGAAGGAUAAUGUGAAAACAGAGAUAUAGCUGGUACACCCUCUAUUGGUUCCUUAUGCGUCUGUGCAUGUGGGGCGUAUCUGGAAUACAAGUGCUGCAGUAUUUUAUUUUUUAGCAUUUGAGAGUGUGACUGUUUAUGCUGGACUCCACUCAUUGGUGUGUUGGUGGGUAUGUGUGUCUGUGUGGUCGCAUAGGGAUGUGGUAGCUCAGUGGUUAAGGUACUUGACUAGUAAUCAGAAGG